UGUUCUCCUCACACUGCACAGGGUUACAUACAUGUGGAAGCCCCGCCUGCAGUUAGCUCUCCAGUCUCUGCUCACUCUCAGGCGGGUAGGAACCUUUAGCUCGCCGGAACCUUUAGUGCCAGUCCGCAGCCCACCGAGAGGGGUGCACGUUAACCAUGGCAGCGGGAUCAGCUUUAUCCGGGGUGAAGAUUUGGGGCAGAAAAAUCCUUGCUGUACAGCGGAAUUGGUCUUGUGUUUCCUGGAGAGCUGCAAGCACUAUAUUUAAGGCUACAGACUUGCAAAUUGAGUUGAACAAGCACCCCAAAGAAAAGCCAGAUGUUGCAAACUUGGUUUUUGGAAAGUCGUUUACUGAUCACAUGCUGGCAAUAGAAUGGAGCAGUGAGAAGGGAUGGGGAAAACCCCAAAUAAAGCCAUUUCAGAAUCUUUCGCUUCAUCCUGCCAGCUCAUCGUUACAUUACUCUAUUGAGCUGUUUGAGGGCAUGAAAGCUUACCGAGGACCGGAUAACCGAGUUCGACUUUUCCGACCUAUGUUAAACAUGGAGAGAAUGCACAGGACAGCGCUGAGAUUAUCAUUGCCUUCAUUUGAUAAGGCAGAGAUGUUGGAGUGUCUGAGAAAGCUGAUUGAAAUCGACCAGGAUUGGGUUCCUUACUCUGAUAUUGCCAGUCUCUACAUUCGCCCAACAUUCAUUAGUACAGAGCCUUCCCUUGGAGUCGCAAAACCAAACCACGCAUUGCUGUAUGUUAUCGUUGGACCUGUGGGACCGUACUUUCCAUCGGGUGGCUUUAGUCCAGUUUCACUUUUGGCUGAUCCUAAAUAUGUACGCGCCUGGGUUGGGGGUGUAGGGGACUGCAAAGUUGGUGGAAACUAUGGUCCUACAAUAUAUGUGCAACAUGAGGCUACUAAAGAAGGUUGCCAGCAGGUACUGUGGCUUUAUGGUGAUGACCAUCAGGUGACGGAAGCUGGCACAAUGAACUUCUUCUUAUACUGGAUCAAUGAGCAGGGAGAGGAAGAGCUUCUGACCCCGCCACUUAAUGGUUUAAUUCUGCCAGGAGUAACAAGACAGAGUUUGCUGGAUCUAGCAAGGCAGUGGGGAGAUUUUAAGGUAUCCGAACGCACAGUUACUAUGGCUGAGGUCGUCAAAGGGCUGCAAGAAGACAGAGUGAAGGAAAUAUUUGGAGCAGGGACUGCAUGUGUAGUGAGUCCUGUGAGUAGGAUUCUUUAUAAUGGAACGAAUUAUGCUAUACCCACUAUGGAGAAUGGACCUGAUCUGUCUAAGCGUUUUCUGGCAGCACUUACUGACAUUCAGUAUGGUCGGACUCCCAGUGAUUGGGUCCAUCUUGUUUGAAAUCCUCAGGACAUCUGUCAGAUCCUUCAUUCCAAUACGUUACAAUCAUGAAUCUCUAGGAUUUUAUUUAAGACGGUUUUAUUAAGUUUCUAAGGGCGAUCAAGCAGAAGAAAAAGGAAAGGGUUCUACCUCAACUUUCAUGAUAUCUUCUAAUCUCUACGGCGCCUUACUUUAGUAUUCCAUUUUUAAUGGUUCUUGAAUCUGACUGACAGAUGGUCUAGCUGUAAUUUAAUAUGUAUUAUAUGCUUUGAAAAGUAGAUUAGAAUCUCCAGUGAAAUGCAGUACAAGCACAUGAUAGUGGACUAGUGGUUAAACCUAGCUCUGUUUUAUUAUUUAGUUUACUGUACACUCCAUACCCAACUUGAAUGAACAACACUACCAAACUAUAAUCUGCAAUAAGCCUCCCCAAUAUUGCUAAAGAUGGACCUGUCUGUAUUGCUCACAUAGCUGCAUGAAAUAUAUAUUUUUUCAAUAUUCUAUACACCAGUACUUGUCAAACCUGUCCUCAAAGGGCUACCAGUGGCCAGAUCUGGGACGGCCCCACAUCGUCAUCCUCUGUCAUCUAUAUAUAAUUUUUUUUAAAAUUUUAUGAUUGUGUGUGCAUAUUUGACUCCAUUAUCAUGGAGCCAAAUAUGCAUAGUAGCAUACAUCAUGGUGUUUUUUUUCAUUAAAUAGUGCUUUCACUGUAAUUCAGGCUAAAAAAAACCUCAAACUGGACCAUCUGUGGUCUGAGUUCUGGUUUGUGAAACACCGUACUGCUAUGUGCAGAUCACAGGAUAACCCUUGGUGUCAACAUUGACUAUUGAAAGAAAUCCCCCCCUUUUUUUUUAAAAUGUCUCACUAUAGUUAACAUUGACUAUCCUCUCUUAGUAUUACCACUUACAGAUGUAAAUUGCAAUCUCAAUGCAGUUGUAUCUUGAAAACAGAGGUUUAUGAUAUAUUCGUAUUUAAAAGGGAAAAUAAACCCUUACAUUGAACCUGUUACAUAUUUUGUAAAAUCUACACUUCUGUUUGUGUUUUUAAGGACAUCUUAGAUUCUGUUUUUUUGUAGUGUAACGUCUGUGACCAUUGCAAAAGCUAAGAAUGUACUAUCCUCUUCCUGACACUCAGGUUAUUUGCUGUCUUCCCUCUAUGUGAAAUGAAAGCUUUUGGUUUCUCCUGAAGGAGAAAUGCUCAUCUUAUGGCUCACAAUAAAAUUCUAAACGGGU